AGUCAACUGGUUUUUAAACUUUGCUGUACAGUGGAAUCACCUGCGGAUUUGAAAACAAACAGAAAACCCAAACCCAAACCGAAAACGCCUGGCGCCCACGUGUAACGUGCUCCGGCAUAGCUUGGGAACCAUCGGUCUAGCCACAUCUUCACAGCUCUCUGAGAAACAAAUCCUCCUGCCCUCUGUCCGCCGGGAGGGAGCAGCCGAGGGCUCGGGCCAGGGUGGGCCUGGCCCCCGCGCCGCAGUCUCCCUUCCCCGCAGCCCGGCGUGCGCUGCUCGCGGCUCGGGUGCUGGGCGCGGGCCGGGCCGGGAGGAGGCGGUGCUGGGGCUUCUCCGGCCCGGACGCGGCGGAACCGAAAGCGGCGGGCGGGGGAGAGGAAGGAGGGGCGGGCGGGCGGCAGGGCGCGGUGGCGCAGAGAGAGGGCCGGGAAUGCCCGAGGCGCGGGGCCCCGGAGCCGCCCGGUGGCCGCGUCCGGGCGAUGGCUCUCUGUCUGGUCGCCGACUUCGAUCUCAGGAAGGACGUGCUCCCUUGGCUGCGGGCGCAGCGGGCGGCGUCAGAGGCCGCCGGGGCCCGAGGCGGCGGCCCAGGUGCUAGAGAUGUUUUAGAAAACAGUUAUGACAGCCUACGUGUACUAAAUGUUGAAAGAAAUGGAAAUAUUGUUUAUACUUGUAAGGACAAUAAGGGAAAUGUUUUCUUUGGAUUGUAUGAUUACCAAACCAAACAAAAUGAGCAUCUCUAUACAUUUGAGAAAGACUUGCAAGUUAUCAGUUGCUCUGUCAACAGAGAGAGAACUUUGCUGGCUGCAAGUUUAGUUCAAGCUGCUAAAGAUGGAAGAAGGAAUGAGCUUCAGCCAGGAUCAAAGUGCUUAACUUUGUUGGUCGAAAUCCACCCCGUUAACAAUGUGAAAGUUCUAAAAGCAGUGGAUAGCUGUAUCUGGGUACAGUUUCUCUACCCACAUGUUGAAAGCCACCCUCUGCCAGAGAAUCAUCUGUUACUGAUUUCAGAGGAGAAAUAUAUUGAACAAUUUCAUGUCCAAGUUAUCCAAGAAGAUGGAAACAAAGUGGUGAUUAAAAAUUCUGGCCAACUCCCAAGAGAGAAAGUAGCCGAAGAUUUUGUCUGGGCUCAGUGGGACAUGUCUGAGCAGAGACUGUACUACAUUGAUCUGAAGAAAUCAAGGAGUAUCUUAAAAUGUAUUCAGUUUUAUUCGAAUGAGCACUUUAACGUAAUGUUUGAAGCACCCUUGGACAUAUCAUUAAGUGACUCAGGAUUCAAACUUGUCAACUUUGGAUGUGAUGAUCUUCGAGACCAAGAGAAAUUGUCCAAACAUCUGACCUUGUAUGUUUUCACCAACCGUACAGGAAGUUUGUGUGUAUGUUACUGCCCGAACGUUGACUCUUGGGAGCAAAUCACAUAUUCAGUGUUUUACUUUCAUAAAGGACAUAGCAAGACCUUCACUGUUGCUCUUGGGAGUGUUGAUUCACGUGUUACAAAGGGCAUUACUUUUCUCAACCUCGUUCCCCAGUCCAUCUGCUCUCAUGACAAAGGCUUAGGAAGGUGUGAUGUGAGGGAUCUGGGCAAAGUGAGAACCAACAAGCACCCAGACCUGAUCUGCCACAGCCUAUUUCUGACAGGAAACAAUGAAGUGAUUGAUAUGCUACCUCACAGGCCUUUCCAGUCGCUGUCAGGGACCCUGGUCCUGGAUGGGGGCUCUGGGAAGCUCUAUAGGGUGCUCCUCAACCAGUCAUAUUUAUUGGAGUUCCUGCGGGACACCCGGCUGGACUGUGAGAGGAUGGCCUUGCUGCACUGCGUGCUCUCAUGUGGCCGAGACCCACGGCGACUGGAGGCCAAGAUUAUUCAGUGGAUUUCUGAGAACAUCUCGGCCUGCCAUUCAUUUGACCUCAUUCAGGAAUUUAUAAUUGCUUCUUCAUAUUGGAGCAUCUAUCCAGAGACAAGUAACAUGGAUAAACUUUUGCCAUAUUCCUCACUGCUCACCUGGAAUACAGAAAUUCCUGGAAUAACCCUUGUGACAGAAGAGAUCCCGUUGCCUCUUAUGAAGGUGCAUAGCUUUAAGGGAUACUGGGAAAAACUGAACUCCAACCUGGAAUAUGCUAAGUACUCCAAGCCACACUUACACUAUAACAACGGCGUGGUCAGGAGAGAGUGGCACAGCCUGAUCUCAGAAGAGAAAACAGGAAAAAGAAGUUCCCUGGUGUAUGUGAGGAAUAUUCUUGAUAAUGCAAUAAAGGUGAUUUCUAACCUACAAGCAAAGACUUUGGCUGCAAGCACAGCCCAUGUGAACCAGAAGUCACUGCGUCACCCAGGGGACCCAGGCUGUCCAGGUCCAGGCCUGAAGCCAGGGGUCCUGCCACCAGCACCAGAGCCAAGGUUAACACCCCUCUUCCAGGAGGAAGACAACCACCAGAGGCUGCUUAUGGGGCUGGUAAGCGGUCUGCGGGCCAUUUGGGUGCUGAUGGUGUCUGAGCUAAAAGACCAUCUUUUGAGACACCUACAGGGUGUAGAAAAGAAGAAAAUUGAACAGAUGGUUCUGGACUACAUUUCAAAACUGCUGGAUCUUAUUUGCCAAAUACUGGAAGCCAGUUGGAGGAAACAUAAUCUUCAUCCCUGGGUCCUCCACUUCAAUAGGAGGGCCAGUGCUGCUGAAUUUGCUGUCUUUCACAUCAUGACCAGGAUUUUGGAAGCUACUAGAAGUUUGUUUUUACCUCUUCCUCCUGGUUUUCACACUCUGCACACCAUCCUUGGCGUCCACUGUCUCCCUUUGCAUAACCUGCUGCAUUACAUUGACAACGGAGUGUUGCUUCUCACGGAAACAGCUGUCACAAGGCUCAUGAAAGUUUCUAACUUUCUUGUAGACCUGGACAAUACAGAGAAAAACGAAAAACUAAAAUUCAGCAUCAUCGUGCGGCUUCCUCCGCAUAUUGGUCAGAAGAUCUGUCGACUUUGGGAUCAUCCUAUGAGUUCUAACAUUAUUUCCCGGAACCAUGUAAAGCGACUGCUUCAAGACUAUAGCAAACAGCCUCGGAGUUCUGUGAUGGACAAGUCAUCUUUCAGUUUAGAGUUUCUGCCUCUGAACUACUUCAUUGAAAUACUGACAGAUGUCGAGUCCUCCAAUCCAGCUCUGUAUGCUUUUGAAGGACAUGACAAUGUGGAUGCAAAAUUUGUAGAGGAAGCGGCUCUGAAACACACCACAAUGCUUUUAGGCUUAUAAAAGAGAAAAUGAAAUUCUAUGAGCUUCCAGUAUUUUAAUGUUGCUCAUUAGCUCUUCUCCUGUUGAGAAUUCUUUAGCACUAUUAUAAACUGGUAAUCGAAAUCAGAGUGCAUUGUUGAGCCUCUGAUUUUCAGUUUGGUACUUGUUCACUCGGAACUGGAUUAUGCUUCAUCCUUUUUCGCCCAGCAGGUAAGCGGUCAAGUACAGAGAAAUGACAGCCUGUCCAAGGGGCCAAGCAGUGGCAUGAAUGAUCCUCUUAGUGGCUUAUCUUCCUCGUGGCUUGAGAGGCGAAAAGCUAGUUUCUAUUGUACUCCCUGAAAUUAAAUAUUCUUUAAAAAUGUAGGAACAGUGCUUAGACAAACAAAAACUAGAUGUGUCAUUGAAAAUAACGUAUGACAAGCAGAAAAAUUAAAUGUUGGUUAAAAACUCUACUUGGAAGAAGGAAACUUUUUCAAAAACUGAAUUUGGACUAAGUCAAACCUGCUAGUUCCAGAACAGAAAAGUCUGUGACAUACAACACUUUGCACAUACAUACAGUAGGAUUUGCCUUUGUGAUGGUUCAGAUGGAACGCUAUUUAAUACUGUAAAGUUAUUUUUGUAUUAUAAAAGUUUGAUGUGGUAAUGUCCUGUCAUUAAAAAAAAA